UGAGGCAUGUCCCGGCCAUGCGCCUCAAUCUUAUCUCUGCUGGAAAGUUAGAUGAUGCUGGUCUGAUGAACUACUUUGGUGAAGGAAAAUGGAAGCUCACCAAAGGAAGUCUGGUCAUGGCUCGAGGAAAGAAGGAAGGCUCAUUGUACGUGAUGCAAGCCAAGCUCUGCAAAGGGGAAGUAAAUAUAACCACUGAUGACAUGGAGGUAUGGCACAAACGACUUGGACACAUCGGUGAGAAGGGACUCCACAUACUCGCUCGCAAGCAUAUCCUCCCGGACAUGAAAGAUCUGAGAACUUUGAUGGUGGAGUCAAAUGUUGUGGUGCAGCAAGAGUUGUGGCGAUAGUGAUGGAGAUUGCGAUGGCGGCGACAGGUGGCAGCGGCGGUG